ACUUCUUUAGUAUAGUUUUUUAGUUAUAAACUUUAACUCUUAUAGUGCCUAUAUUACCUUACCUUUUCUCAUUUUAUAGUGUGCAGAUACACAAAAAUGGUUCUAACCAGAGGUGGCUUUAAUGGGAGGGGUCCAAUCAUUAGGCGUCAACCUAAUGUUUCAUCACAACUUUCUUCUGAACAAACACCAUCACAUGGUGAAAUGAAUGAUAAUUCUCAUAUGGAAGAACUAUAUAGGGAUCAAGAGGAGAUGGAAAAUGAUGAUGCAGAUGGUUCUGGCUAUAAUGAAAAUGAAGAGGAAGUAGAGUUUCCUAAUGACACGGGUAAUCCAGAUGCUUCUCAAGUAUUGCACAAAACAGAGGGACUAUGGUUUCAUUCUUGUGAAGUUGUGGAUGAAGUUGUUGAAACUUCAUAUAAGACUUAUUUUAUGGGGCCAUGGAUUAACUGGGCCAAGGUUCUGAAAGAAGCAAAAGCAAUUUGGUGGAAAGCCUUUAAGGCUAAGUUCUCUUGGGAUCCUUCGUUGGCAAAAAUGGUAAAGAAAGGAUGGCAACAAAAAUGUUGUAGACUCCUUUCUAAUGUGGUGAGUAAGAUGUUCACAACAAAAGGUUAUCGCGCUAAAUGGUGUCACCCAAGCAUUAGGAAACGACUUGCAGCAAUUAGAGCAACUGAUACCUUCAAAAAGAAGUCUACCCAAUAUUCGUUAAAUAGAAAGAGGCCUGGGAAAGAAAUGCCAAUCCAUUGCCAAGGAUCUAAAUCAACCGAACAAACUAAGAUUGAAUUGGAGAAACAACUACAACGUGUGCCUACUGCAGCCGAGUUGUAUUGCAAAUGUCAUGUUAAAGAGAAUAAAGGUUUUGUGGAUGAGACGACACAAAAAGUUUAGGUUGAUUUUCAGAAAAAGAAAGCCUCUAAUUUAGAGAGUGAAGAUCCUAAAACGGAGGACGAGGUACUUUUGGAAGCCUUAGGUGGAUGGAAAAAUGGAAGAAUAUAUGGUCUCGGAAGUGCUAUUGACAAUUAUUAUGUGAAACCAAGGAAUGAACCUAGUUCGAAGGCCUGAAAUGAGUUGGUGACUAAUUUGCAAAACCAUGUUCAAGAACUCAAUAUGAAAAAUGUAGAACAAGCAAAAGAACUUGAAGAGACAAAGGCAAGUCUUGUUGAAGCUACUACAAAGCUGAAUAAAACAACAGAUAAGCUUAAUGAAACAGUAGCUGCUAUGAAGGCUAUUCAAGAACAAGUUCAAUUCCUAACCCAAAAUGCAGUGCUUCGCUGAAUUAUAGAUUUUCAUUAUCUACAAACUAUAUAAUUUACUAAGUAGUAAACAAGCAUAUAUUUGGUUGUUUAUUUUUAACGUUGCCUAUUUUAUCUAUAUUAUCUUUUUGUUUAGCCUU